AUGGUUGCUAUGGAUUUGAGGUACUGUAAAAAGUAUAUAAUGAUUUGUAAAAUACAAAUUGCAAGUAGCCAAACUGUAUUAUGCACAGCUGCUACAACUGUAAAACAUACCUGAGUAAUUAAGUUACACAACAAAAUGUGGGAUUUUUGUCCAGUUAGCUGACUUAUUUUUGACAUUCUUGAGACUGACAGAAAUUAUAGCUCAGUCACAUGGUAAUUUAAUUCAAAACUGUUGAAUAUGCCCAUCCCCUAUCCCAUUCUCAGCAGUUUAUUUUGAUUUCAUGAAAAACAAAAUUAAAGAAUUUUUAAAAAGCUAAAUCUUACAGCAGUAUUUUGUAUUUAAGGGGCUAUGGUGAACGUGACAGUCCUAAAGGGCGAGAACACUACAAGACGUCAUUAUUGGUUAACGACAUUAAAGAAAUUGUAAGUGCACUUACAUGAUUGUAUUGCUGAAACAGCAGAUUGAGUGAAGAAAAUAUAAAAAUGUUUAAUCUUCUGUAUGCACCUCUUAAAUUUCGUUAUAAAAUAUUUUAUAGAUUCAAAGGACACUUUUAAAUUAAACAUCAUAGUCUAGAAGAUUUUGUAAAAAGAUCACAAAUGCAAAAAAACAAAAAAACAAAACAAAACAAAACAAAAAUUAAAUAAAUAAAAAUAAUAAAAUUUUUUUCUUCAAUGUCUGUACAGCUUUGAGUACAUGUUGUCCAAUCCAGAAAUAAGGGCUAUGAUAUUUUAUAUUAGUAUAUACACACUCAGUGAUCUUGGUGAUUUCAGCAAUCUGAUUGGUUCGCUAUCUUGGACUAUUCAACAAUAUUCACCUCCUAGCAAGUGGAUAAUGUGUGAGCUCAGUUUUUUUCCCAUUUUCUUGGAGAAAGAUCUCUUAAAAGUCGUCAAAAUCCUAGGGUUGACUCUUUUUCAGGUAAGAAAAGACUUCUAAGGAUUCAAAAUGGCGUUUUCCCAUUUACUGCUGUUGAGUUUUGUGGUUGAUGGAUUGUUUACAACUCCCUUUUUCUGCCUAGAAGAGGCGGUUUCGUGAACUCAGCGUUUCCUAACAAGAAAAAUUUGGCCCAAAAACGAAGUUUAUUUGUGAAAACAAAUUUGAAAGCAAAUGUUUGCAGAAAUUCUACGUUUCAAGUAAACACGAGAAAGAAUGCUACAUGAAGACGACGUCUUACCUCGAGGAACCGAAUCGCCAUUUUUGUCAGCACUUCAUGAAUGCAAAGAAUGACGCAACAAACCUUUUCGGCUAUAAACUUGGCGAGUCAACAGAAAACAACAAAGCUCUUCUUUUCUUCCCAGGUAAGGAAACAAUUCAAACUUUUAGCGGUUCCAUUUAAGUCAUUACGCUGUUGUUUGUGAAGUGAUAAGCUUGGGAAUUGCCAUGUUUAAAAAUUUUACAAAGAUCUAUUUUUAAACUGUCACGUGUCUAGCUGACCUGAUCUGUCAAUCAAAUCGUACUUUUUAAUGGUUUCCUCUCUGAUUUUGUUGAGAUCACUUCGUGUGUAUUUAUACUAAAACAAUUAUUCUUUUCAAUCUCGGUGAAUAGUGGCUUUACGAAUAUUUACCUUGCCACUUCGUGGCUCGGUAAAUAUUUUGCCACUAUUCACCCUGAUUUCAAAGAAUAAUUGUUAAUUAUACUGUGUUGUGAAGGAGGUCAUCAGAGUUUUCUUGCAGCUGGUAAAAGAAAAUUUUUAUUUUUUUUAUAUCAAUACCCGUAAUGUAUAGGAUUGAUAAUGUGAGCUCAGAAAACAUAUUAAUACAAUUUAUUAAUUUAUUUACAGAUUGAGGCACUUGAUUACAAAUCUUGGACUUUGCUGAGUCAUGACAGGGGUGGAGCUUUGGCAUGGUAA